GUGAGCGGCCUCGUCACGAGCGGCGGAGUACCAUGAGCAGCACAGGUCGUGGGGAGGCCCUCCUUUCGCAGCCGGAGAGCUUCCUAAAGUUCCUCACCGUACAGGCGGCCGCCGUCGACGACUUGGGCCAGGAAGCCAUGUCGCUGACCCUCGCGCUCGGCAUGCCGGUCUGCUGCUACCCCGCGGGCACCCGGGUCUGCUUGGCUGUGGAGGGCAGGCAAGAAGGCCCUCUUCCAGAAGAGGAGGAGUUCUUGAUCAAGUCCACGAAGCCGACGGGCAACUACCUCCUGCACAAAAUCCAUGAUGAUGAGCGGGAGCCUUUCGGCUGCCGAGAGCUCAGCAACAUCAGCAACCUGGCCAAGUUCAAGGAUCAGGUUGAGGAGUACGACCUCAAGAUCAACAACCACGUCUACUUGACGCCCUGCAAGUUUAAGGUGAACGACAAGGUGCUGCUCUUGGAGAAGCCGCCCAGUCAGUGG